AUGAACCAACGGAGGGACUUCGUCGUGCCGAGGAGGCUCUGGUUGGUGGUGCUGCUCGCCAUCGCUACCACCACGAGCGAUAGGGCCCGUGCCUACAACUUCGACGAUGAUCUGGAGGAUCUGAUUGCAGAGGAAUCGAACGUGGACGAGGAGCUACAGCUAGGCCCUGGUCACGCGGUACAGCUCCUCCCCUCGGACGUGUUCAACGAUGGCAAACCGUUCUACGUCGAGCGUGAUCCAUCGACCGGUGCGAUCGAUUUCAACCACAAGAAAACGGUCAACCAGCUGCCGACGGACGAUCGCGGCGGUGAUGGUGGUGGACUGGCGGGACUGUACGGCAGCAAGUUACCGUUCGGUGCGUCCACCAAGGAAAGCUACGUGAGCGAUAAGAAGGACGUGAUCGUACACCAUUCGACGCCCAAUUUCCACGAUUUCCUGAACCUGCCCAAAAUGUACUCACCGGAGAACUUUGUCUCCAUCUCGAGUUCGUACGCGAAUCUGAAGUAUCAGGGUAUCAACAACAAGGGCUCCUCCUCGAACCAUCGCGACCAAACGUUGACGCACAUUGUGGCCGCUACGUCGGCCACAACGCCAGCCUCGACGACGACACACGCGACAACGACCACGGGUGCACCGGCGGCAUCGACGAAGCACUUCUUUAACCGUCCUCAGUACAGUCCAGUCGGUCGACCGGGCGGAGGACCUACCUAUACCUAUCCCGUCACAUCUGGACGUCCAAUCACGACGUCGAGUACGACGACAACGAGCACAACGACGACGACGACGACAACGACGGAAGCUCCGAUAACGACGACGGAAGGACCAGCGUCGAGUACGGUGAAUCCGCAGAAGCAGCAACUGUUUACGCGCUACCCUUACAAGAGCACGAUCAAGAACAAGUAUCUGGAGACAUCGGAACAGACGAGGAAGAAGUUCUUCCUUCCCUCGACGCUCGCAUUGCCAGGACCAACGACAACGACGACUGAACGCGCACCAUCGACACCGAUGCGCUCCUCGACCUACUAUUCACCCUCGGUGCGACCACACUGGCCAACGACAACGAGCACAACGACGUCGACGACGACCACGACCACCGCAGCACCUACUUCCACACCACCUGCCAAUCCCGUUCGCUUCGUGGACGACUCGAUCGAACAGCAACAGCAACAACUUUCCGGUGGAUCGAAGAUCAAGUUUACGAUGCCGGCGCUCAAGUACGAGGGUUCACGGCCAGCGCCGUUCCGCCGUAUGCCAACGCCUCAUCCAAGCCAACAGCAACACCAGCAUACGCUCGAGCAGAAGAAACGUCUCGAAUCACAGCAGGCUGCGGAGAACAAUCGUGUCGAGACGGUCGAGGAGGACGAUGAGGCGCCAACGACAACGACGACACCAGCGCCUACGAUCGUAUUGUUGGACGAUGCGGCCUACCACCGAACGACACCGGGAGGACCAAAGAUUGAACAAUCGAUCGAUCUGUCCGAUCAGUACGUCCGCUACGAGGUACACCAACCGCCACCACCGUUCUCCGGUGCGUCAGUUCCAAUGCGACCACCACCACCACCACCACCACCGCAGUACGGUCAAUAUCCAGUCCAACAACCGAACGGUCAUCGUCCACAGCUUCCACCGCAGGUAAUGGAUGGUGCAGCCGGUGGUGGCCAGUACGUUCGCUAUGAGGUUCAGCCACCGCAGCAGAUGAAUGUGGUCAAGUUCGGUUCGGUGCCGAGCAUGAACAACGUUGUCAUCAGUCCAAACCAACACUCGGCUACGUUUGUGCUGGGAUCGCAUCAAUCCGUUGGAAGCAGUAGCAGCGCCAGCAACAGCGGUAGCGUCGGCCACGUCGGUGACGGUCUUGGUGGGGGACACUUUGUCGGUUCGGUAUCGCAGGAUUCGAUGCAGGCUGGUGCGUCGGCGGCAGCGCUCAGUGCGCCGAGGCCAUCGUACCAGAUGGGACAGGUGCUCGACGAACCGAACGAACAGGCCGCCAUUGUGGGAUCCGCUUCGGUGAGUGUUCAGGUGAAACCCCAGGACAUCAUCAAGACGACGAGCGUCCGGUUCCCGAGCGAAUCGGAUGAUCAGUACGACAACGCACCGAUCAUCAGUGGAACGCACAAGAGUGAGGUGUUGCCACCGAACGGGCAUUCGGCACCGGUCCGGGGACCGGACCAGAUGUCGGUCGUAUUCCCACCAGCUUCGUCCUCUUCGGCUACGUUGCACGAGGUGUCCAAUCGGAUCGUGUUCGAUUCACCGUCGCCACCGGCCGAGACGCUCAACCGGAAUGAGCUAAACAUCGCACCGAACCCGAACUAUCCGGCCGAUUUGCCGGAGCAACUGACACCACCGGUACAGCAAUCGACGGGUGGUCCGGGUAUGCAGCGUCCACCGCGGCCACCGGUCCCAUCGCAAGGACCACCAUUCCGUUACAGCGAGAUCCAACGUCGUCCAACGUAUCCGAGUGGUGGUGGUGAUCGCGUACGGCCAACGCUUCAGCUACCGAACAUACUGCCCCAGUUCCGUCCGAACGCCAAGAUAUCGCACGGUCAUGGACCGUAUCUGAAGGAACCCGGUACGUACCGCGUUCCGGCCACGGGUAUGCUCGUCAAGACGGGUCCUCCGGCACUGCGUAAACCGCCUGGUUCGACGUUCCGGAUACCGGCACCACCGACACGCAUCAUGACCCGGCUCGGUCCAUCGUCACCCAGUCGGCUACCGACGGGAGGACCACCGGUGGCAUCAGCGGAACUGGAGAAUCGCCGCUAUUACCGCCUACCACCACAGCCACCGGCCAUGAUCAAGGAUCGUGUCUACAACAUUCAACCGCCACGUCUACAGCCUCCUCCUCCGCCUCCUCCAGCAUCACCAGCCACAAGCGGAGCAUCGUCACCGCAACCACCACCGCAGGUCAACGGAGUGUCCGAGCAACCGAACGAACCGCUCGAGGACAACGAGUUCCACCGUAAUCCACCGCAGAUCCUGAAGAACAUCCUGCGGGACGAACUGAACCAGCAGCGGCCCAAGCUCGAACCCGUCGUUACACUCCAGAUGCUGCAGUCCAAGAAACAAUCGACGGCCAACGGUCCGAACGGGUUCCAGCAGGCGGCUGGACCGGCCGGAGAGACCGGUGAGCAACCGGAGAGCUUGCCGUUCGUUGGUGCCGCAUCGUCUGCAUCACCACAAGCACCACCACCAGCCCUUCGAUCGGCCCAUCCGAUGGCAACGGCACAAUCCGAGAGCAAGGAUCGACCCGUGUACGUCGUGUAUCCGGUCAAGAGUACGGCGGGUGGUGUGCGACCUCAACACGCGGCAACCGAUGCACUGAUCGGUCAGCAGCCACCACCGAUGAUCAUCAGCCCGGGCACCGAGUACCAGAACACACCGUUCUCGAUCGCGUCCCACUUCGAACAGGAACCGAUCCUCGGGGCCAAGCACAAGAACCGUCAUGGUGGGCAUGCACCGAAGCCCAACUUCCCCUACAGCCUGGAGAAACCGGAUCCGUUCGCGUUGACGCAGCAGACACUCGGCGAUCAUCAUCACCAGGCGCCAGCGCAAGAUCUUUCCGAUGGCGCCGCGCUCACCUCGGAGUACAAUCUGGGCGAGGAACCGACGGGUGGCCAGCAGCAGCAGCAGCAGCUGCAGGCGCACCAGGAUGAUCAGGAUUUGAUUUCAAGCAAACUGCAACGUUUCCACGGACUGCAGCAGGUCAACGGUGCCUCGGGAGAUAGCACACCGAUCGCGAUCGCCUACACACCGACCGAAUCACCGAGUGUACCGGAUCGAACCGGGGCGAACAACAUGCGCUACAACAAGCCGGCCAACGGUGCUGGGGCCAAUAGCUAUCCGUACUACUCGGUGUACGGUGAAACGCAAACCGAGGUGUCCCAUCUGCGGAUUGACGAUGUGGACGAGUUCGGUAAUCCAUCGCGACGGUACGAACAGAGCUUCCAGGCACCGUUCCAGGCUAGCAUUAGUCUCGAUCCGGUUAAGGUAACCAACCCGUACGAGGGUUGGGCGGUUGUGACGUCCUCGCCGUUGCAGCAGGCCAUGCAGCUUCAGCAAAACCCCAGCAAACCGGCGGCAGCACCGGUCGCGACGAAGCUUGUCGGGCUGGAACCGGUAGCGGCGGCACUAGGUGCUGGUGAGCUACAGAAUACGAUCGAUCGAUCGGACACUUCAUCGACCGGAGCGGAAGAGGAGGAAAGGGAUCAGGAACAGGGUGCCGAAGGUCAUCAGAAAGCGUCGAUCGUGACACCGUCCUCGUUCGAUCCGAAUAGCUUCCAACCGGAACUGCAGGGUGGCUUCCGGCCGAUCUACGGUGCGGACAUUAAGCUGAGCGAGCAGCAGAACCCGGAUCCACAGCGAUCGAGUCUUGCGGAUCUGUUUGCGGUCGAUGAUGCAGCGACGCAAGGGGAGCAACAUUCGGCCCCGGAGCAGCCAACGACGGAAACGGAACGACCGCUUGCGACGAAGCUACAGUUGGUGACAAAGGACAGUAAACUGGCCACGGUGGCGUCGUCGGCGGUGAAGAAGUCACCGGAACCGGAAGAACAUUCCGAACCGGCCAUGGACCUCGAUUUGGAGGCAUUUUUCGAUCAGUUCACCAAGGACUACGAGGAUGAGGAUGGUGGCGAGCUGGACGAUGUGACGAUGAGCGAUGAGACGAACAUGACUGGUGGUAGCAGCGAGCAGCGAGCGGCCGCGGUUGGCGAGAGCCGCAGCAGUAAGGUGACAAUCGAUGCGGAGAGCAGCAGCACCGAGAAGGCCAGUGCAAGCACGGCAUUGGUAGAUGAGACGACGACCAGCGCUGUGGCCGGUAGCAGCACGACGAAAGCGACGACGUGA